AUGGACCUCCAGGGGCCAGCCUCCCAGCCUUUCCAGCAGCUUGAGAAGCCUGGUCGUGUGCGUCGCCGGAAGACCAGGCGGGAACGGAAUGAGGCCCUGGUGAACAGCCGCCGGCCAUCCUCCCGGCAGGAUCUGCCAGUUGCUAGUCGGAAGCCACUCGGAGCCCUCCGGAACCCCAUGGGCCCUGCUGCCUCCAAGCUGGUGGUCAUAACCCAAGGCCGGUUGAGCCGGGAGCAUUGGGGCCUCUUCAACCAUGAGGUGAAAUCGUUGGAUGUGGCACGCCUGCUUAGCAACAGGGCCCUGGGGCCAGAUACCCCCCCACUUCCCACCAGGCCUUCCCCAAGCCUGGGCAGCACCCAAGAACCAGCCCCACAGUCGGGGGACAAGGAGAACCAGUUGCCUAGAGGCUUAGACCCAGCCUCAGCCAGCCCCCCAGAGCUCCCAGCCAUGGGCCAGUUGCUUCAGGAGCUGCGGUGCCAGCUGAUUCUGCCCCAGGCCUUCUCCAGGAGGAACCUAGUGCAAGAGGCCAGGGAUGUCAUCGUGACUACCUUACAGACCUGUCAUGGCUGUGUGCCUGACCUGGCUGUGGUGCUUCGGGGUUGCCAGUCAUCACCCUUGUCAGGCACCAAGCCCAGAGACCCCGAGAUAAGCCGGAUGACACCCUUCUGGAUCAACAGCCCUGAGCAGGCCCCAGGAGGGAGAUGGCAGAGCAGACAGCAAGGGACAGAGGGGCCUGCCUUCACUAUGGCUCCCACCUCUAGCACCUCCCCUGUCCAUAGGGCAAACCUGGCCCUACCAAGGGGUCCCUGCUCACCUCCUCGGUCUUCCUUACCUUCACCAUCCAGGUCGGCCUGGGGUCCCCCAACAGCCUUUGACUUGCUGAAAAGCAUCUGGCUGGUAGCCACACCCCCCACUCCCCGGCCCUGGGGGAUUAGCCCACCCCAUCCCCUGCCUCAGCCACCUUCUCCGUUGCUGCCCAGAAACUUGGCUCUAGACUGGAGCCCCACACCCCCUGCCCCACUACCUAGCCUCUCUUGGGUGGUAGCACAGAACAGCCCUGAGUCUUGGUCCUUCCCCCCCAUGAGACUGUACUGAAAGGACUGGGGCUAGGGUUGGGGACAGGAAUCCCCAACUCCCCAUCACCUCAAUAAAAGAUAUUCU